AUGGCGCCACGCUUCCCACCACAGAGUCGAAUGCCGACUUUGCUCCCUCAAAAGACAGGCCUGCUCUGGUACCCGCGCGAACGCGACGUCGAACAUAUGCACGACGAACUCUCACACGAAGAAAAAGAAUUUACCGCCAAGCUAAAGAAGAUCAGGUUCUCGGGCACACACUUGAUCCCCGUUGGACUCUCCAAGCCCUUCAUUGACAUGGAUGAAGAAGGCGAGGAUGAGGACGAAGAAGACGACGAAGAAGAAGACGACGAAGACGCAGAAGUCGAAGGCGACGGCGAAGAUGAUCUGGAUAUGGGACGAGACCUUGACGAAGACAUUGGUCAAUCUGGCGACGACGAGGAGGAGGAGGAGGAGGAAGAUGAAGAUACUCACAUAUACGGCGAUCAGAGCAAUUACAGCAUUGAAGACGAUGACAGUCGGCAGGAUAUGAUGCUGACCAUGGACCGACUGUUAGAGGAGCAGCGCCGGAGUACGAUGGUUCAUGAACAGGAUGAACUGGAUCAAUGCCAGAGGAUCGAUGACCAAUCGUUCAUCUAUAGUCCCUAUCCAUCCAGGCACUACCACAAGGACAAUGGUAGUGGAGGCGAUGGCGAUGGCGACGAUGGCGACAUCGAUGAUAGCAACGGCGUCAUCGACGACAGCGACACUCGGUUCACCCACCAUCACCGCCGUCCGCGUGAAUCCUACCACGAGGCGGAAGAAGAAGAUGACGAGGGCGACGGCGGUCUACUGGGAAUUGACGAAGACGAGCAAGGUGAUGCGGGCAGAUGGACGCGACAACAACAACUCCUAGAGCAACAACUCUUACAGCAACAAUACCAACAGCAACAACGGCUAGGAGAGGAAGAGGAAGAAAUGAAUGAGGAGCGCGAUUUGGACGCCGAUAUCGAAGUCGCCAGCAGUUUCGGUGGUGGCAGUGACUAUGAUGAAUACGACCAUGACGAACACACCUCUCGGUAUCGGACGCCAUCUCCACAAUUGUAA